AUGACAGUCUACAAAUUGCCAUUUGGUUUAUAUCUUCGAAGAGGUUCUCCAGGACUGUUCGAGAAGUACAAAGUCGAAGCUCAUACACUCCGUAUGGUAGAACAGUUCACAUCUAUCCCAGCACCUCGGGUUAUUGAUGUCCUCAGUACCCCUCGCUUUUCAUACUUGCUUCUGACUCGUGUCCCUGGGCGGCCGAUCGGUCCGAUGAUAAGCGUAAUGACGGACGAACAGCUAGAACAAGUCGUGGUUGACCUCAAACGAUAUGUCGCUGAGCUUCGAAAAAUGCCUAAAAACGUUGGAGAGCUCCAGAUUUGCAACUCUCAGGGCGGUGGAGUUUUGGACUGGCGAAUUCCUGAUAGUCAACGAGAGGAACUACGGUUUGAAACCGAGAAACAUUUCAACAAGUACCUGACUGAUCCCUUUUGGGACGAGAUCCGAAGCCGCGCUGCUGUGUCCCACAAUAUCCCACAUGACAUUGUUUUCACUCACGGUGACCUUAACCCUCGGAAUAUCCUCGCGGAGAAUGGUAAAAUAACUGGUAUUGUUGACUGGGAAAAUGCAGGUUGGUUUCCAGAAUACUGGGAGUACACCAAGGCUCACUAUAGUGUUCGGUCACUAAUACGGUGGCUUGCCGAUGUUGUUGACCGAGUUUUUGAGGGCUAUCGCGAUGAAUUGAUCGUGGAGAAUAUGCUUUCCGACCUACUCGGGCCUUUCUAA